AUGGUCGCCGGCGGCAAACAGAUGAACGUCCGCGUGACGACGAUGGACGCGGAGCUGGAGUUCGCGAUCCAGCAAACGACGACCGGCAAGCAGCUGUUCGAUCAGGUCGUCAAGACCAUCGGUCUGCGUGAGGUCUGGUUCUUCGGUCUUCAGUACACCGACUCGAAGGGUGACCUCACAUGGAUCAAGCUGUACAAGAAGGUGAUGCAACAGGAUGUGAAGAAAGAGAACCCACUGCAGUUCAAGUUCCGAGCCAAAUUCUACCCGGAGGAUGUCGCUGAUGAACUAAUCCAGGAGAUCACACUCAAGCUCUUCUACCUUCAGGUGAAGAACGCGAUCCUGUCGGACGAGAUCUACUGCCCGCCGGAGACGUCGGUGCUGCUGGCGUCGUACGCGGUGCAGGCGCGCCACGGCGACCACAACCCCGCGCUGCACGGACCCGGCUUCCUGGCCAACGACCGCCUGCUGCCGCAGCGCGUCACCGAUCAGCACAAGAUGUCCCGCGAAGAAUGGGAGCAGAGCAUCACGAACUGGUGGCAGGAGCACCGCGGGAUGCUGCGCGAGGACGCCAUGAUGGAGUACCUCAAGAUCGCGCAAGACCUCGAGAUGUACGGCGUAAACUACUUUGAGAUCCGCAACAAGAAGAACACCGAACUGUGGCUGGGAGUCGACGCGCUCGGACUCAACAUCUACGAGAAAGAUGACAAGUUGACACCGAAGAUUGGUUUCCCGUGGUCGGAGAUCCGCAACAUUUCGUUCAACGACCGCAAGUUCAUCAUCAAACCAAUCGACAAGAAGGCACCGGACUUUGUGUUCUUCGCGCCCCGCGUGCGCGUGAACAAGCGCAUCCUGGCGCUGUGCAUGGGCAACCACGAGCUGUACAUGCGGCGCCGCAAGCCCGACACCAUCGACGUGCAGCAGAUGAAGGCGCAGGCGCGCGAGGAGAAGCUGGCCAAGCAGGCGCAGAGAGAAAAACUACAGCUAGAGAUCGCAGCCCGCGAGCGCGCGGAAAAGAAACAGCAGGAAUAUGAGGACAGACUGCGUCAGAUGCAGGAAGAAAUGGAACGCUCACAGGCCAAUCUGCUGGAGGCACAGGAUAUUAUCCGACGGCUCGAAGAACAGCUUCGGCAACUGCAGGCCGCCAAGGAGGAGUUGGAGCAGCGCCAGAACGAGCUGCAGGCCAUGAUGCAGCGUCUUGAAGAGACAAAGAACAUGGAGGCUGCGGAGCGCGCCAAGCUGGAGGAGGAGAUCCGCGCCAAGCAGGAGGAGGUGUCGCGCAUCCAGCUCGAGGUGGAGCUCAAGGACUCUGAGACGCGCCGCCUGCAGGAGGAGGUGGAGGAGGCGCGCCGUAAGCAGGACGAAGCGGCGGCCAUGCUGGCGGCGGCCACGACCCCGCAGCACCACCACGUGAGCGAGCAGGGCGCGGGCGCGGCGGGCGACGAGGGCUCUGCGGGCGAGGGCUCCGACGGCGGCUCCGAGUCCGGCGGUGGCGAGCUGGCCGGCGCGCCCGACGACCUGGUGGACCCGCUGAACGAGCGUCGCACGCUGGCCGAGCGCUCCGAGCGCCUGCACAACCAGCUCAAGGUACGUGCACGAGCUGCUGCAGCUGCUACAGCCGCUGCGAGCGCUCCGACGGUGGCUCCGGGUCCGGUAGCGGCGAGCUGGCCUGCGCGUCCGAUGACCUGCUGCUGCAGCCGCUGCGAGCGCUCCGAUGGCGGCUCCGGGUCCGGUAGCGGCGAGCUGGCCUGCGCGUCCGAUGACCUGGUGGACCAGCUGCACGAACGCCGCACGCUGGUCGAGCGCUCUGAGCGCCUGCACAACCAGCUCAAGGUACGUGCACGAGCUGCUGCAGCUGCUACAGCCGCUGCGAGCGCUCCGACGGCGGCUCCGGGUCCGGUAGCGGCGAGCUGGCCUGCGCGUCCGAUGACCUGGUGGACCAGCUGCACGAAUGCCGCACGCUGGUCGAGCGCUCUGAGCGCCUGCACAAUCAGCUCAAGGUACGUGCACGAGCUGCUGCAGCUGCUGCAGCCGCUGCGAGCGCUCCGAUGGCGGCUCCGAGUCCGGUAUCGACGAGUGGCCUGCGCUUCCGAUGACCUGGUGGACCAGCUGCACGAACGCCGCACGCUGGCCGAGCACUCCGAGCGCCUGCACAACCAGCUCAAGGCGUUGAAACAAGACCUGGCGCAGUCGCGCGACGAGACAAAAGAGACGGCGAUGGACAAAAUCCACCGCGAGAACGUCCGCCAGGGCCGCGACAAGUACAAGACGCUGCGAGAGAUCCGCAAGGGCAACACCAAGCGCCGCGUCGACCAGUUCGAGAACAUGUAG